AUACAUAAAAUCUUGCAGUGCAUGCAUGCUAGCUAGCUAGCUUAGGAGCUAGAAAUGGCAUACAACCCUAGGUCUUUAGAAGCUGUUCCAUUUCUGCAAUUUGAUAAGCUGAUUCAAAAACUGAGGGAAAAUCCUGAGCAGAAUUGGACCAAAGUUUCUAUGGUAAACACUCUCCUACGGUUCAAGUCUAAAGUGGAGGGAACAAUUACCGUUGACAGCUGGCCUGAUUUCAGUGCUAUCUUAUCCCAUCAACACUCAGAAAUGGAAUCUCUUCGAAUUCAAUGCUGUGUGCUUGAGAGAAAAGAAGAACAUGUUCAAAUGGUCAUUCAAGAGAUAGCAAAAAAGAAAUGCAAUUACGUAUUAAUAGUUGAUGAAUGGCUCGGAAAAGAGGUACAGGCAGCACUACAGUCUAAUGACAUGGCAAAAGGUCCUAUCUUCAAUACUUUAAUUGCCUUCUACCUCCCAAAAAGCAGUGAUUUCAUCGUUGAACCAAUGACCUGCCCAGAAGGAUAUGUUUUGAGAAGCCUGGAAGAGUGUCAUAUAGAAGAGGUUUCAGUGGAAUGGAGUUAUAUGGAUCGUGACAAAAAGAUAUCCUUAUUCACCAAGAUAGUCAAGCAACAUCACAGUGUUGGUAUCUUCCAAACAUGCUCUGGGAAGAUAGACAAAUCUCCGGUUGGAUGGUGUUUGCAAUAUCCAUCAGGAUUCCUUGGUCACUUGUUUGUUCAUGAGGAGCAUCGAAGAAAGGGACUUGCUAAGGUUUUGGUACAACACAUAUGCUGUUUAAUUGAAGAAGAUGGAGAGGUUCCUUUAGCAUUUGUUGAAAGAGACAAUAUAAAAUCACUUUCUCUUUUUCGAAGUCUUAGUUUUGUUCAGUCAGAUUUCCAAGCUGCGAUUCUUAUGCACAUGAUACAAUGACAAUUAUUGUUCUGACAGUACAAUGUGUGAUGUGAUGCAUAUGAAUUCUACACUAGCCGUUCAUGACAUUGUGA